UGUAGCCUUGCCCGUGUGGACCUCUAAAUGAGGAUAACGCAUGGUGGCUGCACGCCAGGAAUGAAUCUAAUCUGUGCUAGUUGCAUGAGUUUAAAUCGGCUAUAAAAUAAUAUGAAAAUAGAGCAGGUGGUGCACAUCUGCACGGUCAUCAAUAGAUCACGGAUCAGUCCCACCAAAGUCCAUGGGGCUACAAUCGUUAGUAAAGCUUGCCCGUGUGUGGAAGAGCUUACCGGGCUGGUCCCUUCCAUUGCAAGGUCCUUGGGACAGAAACUGUUCCUCUUAUUUCUGUUUAUAGUGCCUUUAUAAUUAAAUACCAGCCUUGUUAGUCGUCUUAUAAUAACUGAUCUGCCCGACUGCCUCUCCCCCCCUCGCUGCAAGACGCACGUUGAAGGGACUGUUUUGAGUGUGAUGCAAGCACCGUCCAGGCUGUCCUUGUUCCCAACUGUUUUCCAGGUCAGCAUCCUCGCGAGCAAAGCCAGCGGGGCAAGCUCCCUUCACAGACGCAUGGGGGAGUUUGCAGACAUCGUGGACGCGGCCAGCGUACAGCAGGUGGAGGAUCUGAUCAGUUCUGAGCACUUGCAAAAACUGGCGCGAAUGUUUCAGAAGCCGAACAGAGACAAAACCAGAGGGCUGGAUAUUGAGGAGUUCCGCGAAGCAGUGAAGGAGAUAAUGGGCAAUAUUGAAAAUGAAGAUAUUGAUGUCAUGUUUAUGAAGGUUGACAGCAAUUGCGAUGGCUCCGUGGUCUGGGAGGAGUAUCUGAACUACAUGCUACUACAAUACAGGGGGAAGGUUGACAUGCUGGAGGGCAAAUCGCAUCUGUUAUUUCAGACACCUAUGAAAGUCAUCCCCGCGAUGGUAGGCCAGGAAAUCAUCAAGGUGCAGUUUUAUCCAAGCCAGGGCUGGGCCAGGGACAAGCAGAAGGCAGCCAAGAGCAGCAGCAGCCGGAGCCUGUCGGGGCGGUUCCUGAUGGUCACCAGGGAUGGGGUCCUGCUCUACUGGAGCGAUGCCUUCAAGCUGCUCCGCACCAUCCACCUUGACCAGACCAAGCGGAAGCACACGCAUAAGAUGUGGGUCAUCGACAUGGUGUGUCUGCCAAAUAUCAGCCUGUUGGCAAUCGCAUCUACUGAACGGACUAUCGAGUUCUUUGAUAUUAGCGGCAUCAAAUGUGACAGGGUUUUCUACCUCGCUGAGCUGGAAGGAUGUGCGACAGCCCUGGAUUACUGGACAGACGGGCACAAAGGAGUGUUUUGUGCUGGUGAUGCGAAAGGAAAUGUUCUGAUCUUCACCUCCCUGAAUGUUUUGGCAAAUGGACUCUUCAACGUUCGUCCCUAUAUAAUUAAACCAGGUGUUGCGGCCAGGAUUCCCAUGCAGCUGCUCCUGAAAGAAAAGGGCUCCCUGUACAGCAGUUUCCGAAUGCCUGCUCUCCACGAGGACUGGUGCCACCAGAUAAAGUUCAUUCCUGAGCUCAAUCUCGUCGCCUCCUGUUCAGCAACUGAUAAGGGAGCCAUGGUGCUUACUGCACUUCCACUAAAUAACCAGGGUAAACCCCAUUCCCUGGCCAUCUCCAAGAGGGACCAUCUAAAGCUUUUCCACGAGAGUGCCUCAUUUCUGUUCUCUCUGCUUUGUAGAUCAUCCGCCAUUGCUUUAAAGAAAGGCAUUCUCUGCUUCGACUAUUCCCCCAGGAUGAACGUCCUCGUGACUGGGGGACUGGAUCCGCUGAUCAGAAUCUGGAACCCCUACGUGACCAACAGCCCCAUAACCGUGAUGAAAGGCCACGUUACUGCAGUGACUCACGUGAUAGUGAGUGGGUACAGAAACACUAUCCUCAGCAUCUCGAAAGAUAAGAAUAUCCGUAUUUGGGACCUGCUGGAUCACUUCUGUCUGCAGUCCAUUCCUAGCAGAAGUAUCUCAUUAGGGAACUGUCCUAUCAUUGGCGUCUAUUACAAUGAGUUAAACAACGUCCUCAUCUGCACCACCACCUCCAUUGGCAUCCUCUAUGCUGCUGCAGAAUUAAUGGAGGGCAGUGGUUCAGAAAUCACAUCCCAUGACCAGCCUCUGUGUGCAGCAUUGUAUAACAAGAACUUCCAGCAGGUGGUCAGCAGUUGCUACGGUGGCGUGGUCAGAGUGUGGGAUAUCAUGACCGGGCAGAAGAUGAUGCAGUUUAAGGCCUCGGAGGGGAAGCAGACAGAAGUCACGGCCAUGGCUUUUGACGGUGCAGAGAGACGUCUCAUCACGGGCUUGAAAGAUGGAACGAUCAAGUUCUGGAACUUCAAUAACGGGGACUGUCUCCUCGAGCUGCCUCGCUUGGAUAAAACUGAGAUCAGUGGGAUUCUGUACAUCAACCAGAAGAUAUAUGUAUCUGGGUGGAGUAAAAGAGUUGCGUGGUAUCUAGAUGGCAAAGCAGGUGAAGUAUUUGAACACAAACACUGGAAAUGCUACCACUCAGAAGAUAUAUUUUCCAUGGACAUGCACAACAACAAGCUCUUGGUUACUGCAUCGUGUGAUGGAGAUGUCGUGAUCUGGAACAUAGACUCAGGGCGGGCGUUCUGCAGGUUUAAUGCAUCCCAGAGUCCUUUGACCCUGAUGCCAAACAGAGUGUUUAUGGAGGAUGACAAUCCCAGGAAAGGAAGUGCCCCAAAGAACAUGUCAUUGCUUUUGAAAUUCAGCACUCGAGCUGAGGCUAGGAAAAAGUGCUGGGUGGAUGCGAGUCCUAGGUUGCCAACCAGGCCCAUAAGUGCUAAGAAUAUUUCUUCUUCCUUGUCUGGCUACUGGAAAGCCCCUGCUUCUGCUCCACCUGGCAUGAGACAGCACAGAGGGAAGGAACGAGAGGAAGCCAAGAGGCAGCAGGUGGCCCUGUCUGCAGGAGCAGGUGAGGGUGCUGAGGUGGGCAGGAAGCCUUCCAGAGAGUCAAGAGCUGCUGGAGCUGGCAAACAAAGGAAGAAUAAGUUGAAUUGCUGGACGGAGCUGAAGGGCUCCUCAGCUGCUGUGCAAAAGGUGCUUUUCCUGCAGACCCGGGAGCGAAGCCCCGACACGGCCAUUCUGCUUACUAGCUCCGCGGAUGGCUACGUCUAUGCUUGGUCGGUGGGUGGGAAGGGCGGUCUGCUGGGCAAGUUCCGGCCGGCGCUCAGGGAUGAGAGCGCUGUCGUCAACGCCAUGGCCACGGACUCGAACGACUGGAUCCUGUUGACUGGCGAUUCCCUCGGCUACAUUAAAAUCUGGGACAUCGAGCAUUACUGCAAACCAAAAGUGGUAAAGAGAGUCUCGGAAGUGGGAAAGACAGAAGCAUCUCCUAAAGCGAAGAAUGAGUUUCGAGUCUUAAUCCCACGGUACUGCAGAGGUCCUGCCACACACAGUCCACCAUUGAUGCAAACUACAGAGGUCCUGGACGGCUGGAUUACUUCCCUGGUCGCUCCAGACCUUCUGAGCUCUUGGAGAGGUCACUUGAAGAACAUAUCCCACAUUGUGUAUGUGGAAAGGCUCCGGCUGAUUGUGACUGCCAGUGAUGACUGCAACAUCAAGCUCUGGCUGCUGUCAGGCAGACACAUCGGGACCUUCGGGCAGUCGGUAUGGGAUGUCAGGCUGCAGCACCUGAACGCAGCUAAGGUGCCCGUGGACAUCCGCAGAGUUGGUUCUGUUCAGACCCUGAAAGUGCUCAACGAAGGCGCUUCUCCUCUUUGGAAACGUACCCAGAGCCUCAUGCAGUCGACAGGCCAUCUGAAGAAGCAGCAGUCUGCGCUAAUGCAGUAUUUGCAUGAAAAAGCAGGCCUCAGCUUAGGCGUGCAGAAGAUGGGUGGAGAAACAUCCCUGAAAGAGAAGCGAAUCAUUGACCAAGUCGAAGCCACUUGGCAAAAGUGGGAGAAGACGGAGAAACUGAAAAGCGAGAUCCUGGGAUGUUCCUACAAACAGAAAGCACGGCGGCAUUUGCCUGAAUUCCUCCCCAGCGUAAAGACCUACAUCAGAAGAGAUCAGGCAAGAGUCUACCACUGUAUGCAAUAUGCCGACCUGCAAAAUGUCACUCCGCCGCCAGUCCCUGAGCUGCUGGUUGAGAUGCAGCAACUUCAGGCAAGCUUUUGCAACAGACCAAGGUCGGCGAGGAAACAAUCUACUCCCAAUGCCCGAAGGCAGAGUGUGAAGGCCCCGCUCCAGCAUUAUUUAUCUUCCUGCAAAAAAGAGUGAACUUUGCAGCCAGCAGCUGAUCUGGUCCUUUGCAAUAUGGAUUCAUACCUCAGCAGAGAAGAAAAGUAGAGGAUAAGUAAUAAACUAGUCCCUGGCUAAGAACACACAGCUAAUUGAAGUCCAUACACUAUGCAUGCCUUAUUCCUGGCUUGCAAUAGUUGCAGAUAAUCCCGGCCAUCUCUUUCUUUUUUUUACAAGCACUCAACAGGGAUGAUAUUUGAGAUAACACUGGAUGGUGCAAAUAAAGGUAACGUUCAUUUUGUU